AUGGACAGUGUAUGGGACGAUGCUAGAAUUGAAGACAGCACGAUGGAAGAACCAGUGGGUUCAUCCCAUGCUCAGGAGAAAGUUGCGCUAAUAAAGUCGACGUUACUUAAACUGGAGCAGGAAGAUAUAUUGGAAGGCGACCCCUGGGUACAAUUGGUCAGGCUGAUUAGCGAUGAGGAACGUGACGAAGAGUUCACCACGUUUAAAGAUUACUUGAGCGAAGUGAAGAACGUUAAUGACAAAUCUAUUACGGGCGUAGCUUUAAUUCAUUAUAUCAUUGUGUAUGACCGUGCAGACUACAUUGAGCUAUUACAUGGGAACCCAAGUGGCGUGAAACUAGACUUGAACCUUUUUGAUGACGUUGUGGGCUACACGCCGUUAAUGUGGGGCUUUUGUCUGCAAAGAAGGAACUGCUGCUUGGAAUUGUUCAAUGCUUUCGACGAGAUAAAGUUCAAUUUGACUAAUAAGGCUGGGCUGUCUGCAUGGGAUAUGGUUCCUCCCUAUUCGCCACUUUCCGAAUUCUUGGAACAAAACAAUAUGUUUCGAUAUCGUACUGAAAACCAUAAAGUGCCGCAAAUAUCUCCACCAAAGGGCUCUUCUUUUCUAAUGACUAAUAACGACGAUGCCGCUACCAAGGAAACGUUUGAUAAUAUUGACUUGCAGGUAGCUGGGCUCACUUUAUCUUCUGCUGCAGAUGACAAUCUCUUCCUGGAUACGGACGAUAAGGACAAGGACCAUUCUCAAAGACCUUCUGCUUUUAUCGAUCCAACAUAUACAGAAGAUUAUCAUGGUACUUUUAAUUUUGAUAAAUUAUCUACCGAUCAAUAUUUGGAGUUUUCAGAUUUUGAUAUCCCUCAAAUCUUGAACCUACUAAUAUCCCUUCCUCAAAAGGAACCUCAUAUGACAACAUACCCAGCAGGUUUAAUUUACCAAUGUACUAGAUAUGCUGACCACAAGAUAAAAUCUAAAUCGUUGGUGGAGUCGCUGAUCAAUCUCUCUUUAACGAAGAUACUGACUAGUGUUUCAUCCAAUGGGGCGGCAGGAUUAGUCUCCACAGAUGCUUCUUUACAGGCCGGUGACAUUGUGUUACAAUCAUAUUGGUUAAGUUGCCUGUCAUUCCUCUAUUAUUAUCUUUGCAGGGAUGAAUCAUUUUUCAAAAGACAUCCGAGUGUGUUACAAGAGCUGAUAAACACCAUUCAUUCCAUAAUCAUAGAGCUAACGUCGUCUAUUCAUUCCAGGCUGAUUUCUUUGAUAGAUUCAACAUUACUAGCAUACACGACUAUACAAGAUGUCAAACAGACCUUAUACAAAAGAGACUGGAACUUUUUCAAGAAGAGAAAGCAGGCCAAGCUUUUAUUAAAGGAAAAGAAUACAAAACAAUUGAAGAAACAACAAAAAAAAGAACAUCAGCCACAAGGCCAAGAUCAGGAUAAUCAAAACGAACAGGAACAACAAGGCGGGCACGACUCAGAUGAUAGAGCAUCAUCCAAUGAUGAUAACAAAUCUAAUAUUUCAGUAUUUUAUGAUAAAGAGAUUCUGAGACAUUUAUACCCUCCAUCUUUUGAAGAACAAAUGAAGCCUUCACCACUAAAGAUUGUCCAAAUAUUUGGUGCUUUAUUAUACGUCCUCAAUUUACAUCAAACUCACCCAAUUUUCCAACAACAGUGUCUUUCUAUAUCUGUUAAAUGGUUCGCCACAACUUUAUUCAAUAAGAUCUUGAAAGAUAAAAAGAAGAGAUCGCUAUCCAGGGCACACGCUAUCCAGAUUAGAUUAAAUCUCUCGACUCUGGAAUCAUGGAUACAAAACAAUGAUUUCUGUGUUCCUAAGCCGGUGCUUAUUGAUGAUUUCAUGUGGCAGCGCUUUCCAAUGACUUUAAUUCGCGAUGUUGGUGAGAUAGAUCUUUCAGAUCCAAUACUUAGAAAUGUGGCCUCUUACAAACCUGUAAACAAGGAUGAUAAAGAUUGGAUAUACGAUAUGUCGAAUUCAUUAUUUUACUAUCAGUCAUUCCACAGAAUUGCACAAAUUCACCUUGAACCGGUGUUCCAAUUGUUACAAUGGUUGCAAGUGGCUACAACACUCGACAGCGAGGAUUCAUUGAUAUCAACAAUGAAUUUAUUGCCAGGGCUCACACCAGUUCAAUUACUGAAAUCUAUGGAGAAGUAUAAUUAUGAACUAAAUGAAAGUAAAUUCAAUUCUAAAUUGAGAAAAUUUUUGAACAACAAAAUUAAAGAUGACAAAAUGAGCAAAUUCAAUGCGUAUCUGCAAGAACACGAAAUUCCAUAUUUAGUGCUGCCAACGAUCGCAGAAAUGACAGAUUUGUAUUCAAAAGGUCCUGAUUCGCAUACUUUCCAACCAUUUUUACCAGGUAGUAUUCAAGAUGACUUGUAUGAAAUUCAUGAUAUAAACACUAAACAAAGACAGGAUGAACCACAAAUUUCUCGGAGCGACUCAAACACUUUAGACUCUUCUGACAAUGAAGACGGGACGGAAAUCGAAAACAGAGAAAAUAAAGACGAUGUAGGAAAUAGUGAAAAGGCUUAUGGAGGAUCUGAAGGCAGCGUGGUAAAUGGAGGUAACGAUGAUUAUUUUAAAGAACUAAAUGUUCCAUCUUCUACCGCUCAACGUCCUGCUUGGUCAAAUAAUGAUGACAUGGAACAGAAUCCGUGGUAG